UCAUUCGCUCGAUCGCGCGAGUAGCGGCCGCUUGCCGAUCCACUCCCCUUUCUUCAUCUCGUCGCAGAAACGGAAACUUCGCGAAGUGGUCGCGACAAUCGUCGCAGGCAGGUAUAUUCGUCCGCAAGUCGCCGCUCGCUGCUGUUCCACGGCGUUUUCUCACGGUGUGACAGUCUCGGGGGUGGAGUUGACGGCAGCUACGCCGGCGGGAUACCACCGGGUGUUCACCAUUCACCAAUGAACGCGGGGUGUCGCCUUCAGAAACGAUAUCGCGGCAGCAGCACCACCGGGAAGCCAAGACACUGCGACGGCACGUCUUCGAAGGAGAACUUCCGCCGCGCGAGCACCUUCAGGACGUCCAGCGACUUGAGCGGCGAUCAUGGGACUCGACUUCCUGGCAGACGGAGGUGCCGACUUCGAGCAUGCAAUCACCGUAACAGGGUUUGGAAGAUUCCACUACAUGCUGCUGGCCAUCUGCGGCCUGAUUUAUAUGGACACGGCGAUCGGGGUGACGAUACUUUCGUUCGUACUUCCGGCAGCGCAAUGCGACCUGGAGAUGGAUUCCACCGCGAAGGGAUGGCUGACUGCCUCUCCAAUGUUAGGUAUGGUGGUUGGAUCGUAUAUAUGGGGAUGCCUGGCUGACACGAAGGGCAGGAAGAUCGUGUUAAUAGCCACGCUGUUGAUGGACGGCAUCGUCGGCAUCGCGUCUUCCUUCGUCCAGUAUUUCUGGGUGUUCCUGGCCUUUCGGUUCUUAAACGGCUUUGCCGUGACCGGCGCUAUGGGCAUCUGCUUUCCGUAUCUCGGCGAGUUUCAGCCCACGAAGUACCGCGAGCGCUGUCUCUGCUGGAUGGAGAUGUUCUGGACGGUCGGCGUGAUCGUGCUGCCGCUGAUUGCCUGGCUGAUCAUACCAAUGGACUUGACGUACGUGAGCGAGACGUUCUACUUCAAGUCGUGGAAUCUCUUCGUCGCGCUCUGCGCCCUGCCGUCGCUCAUGCUCGGCCUGUGGCUCUUCGCCUUCCCGGAGAGCCCGAAGUUCCUGCUGGAGUGCGGCGAGACCGACGCCGCGCUCGAGGUGUUCAAGUGGAUCUACUCGCGCAACACCGGCGCCGAUCCCGACACUUAUCCGGUGAAGUGCCUGCAAGAAAAGACGAAGGAUAAGAGUACUAGAUCUCUGAAAUUGCACAAGCGGAAGGACCUGAAGGUGCUCCUUGCAGAAAUACGGGAUCUUACGACUGCGCUCUGCAAACCGCCCUAUUUACGCAACACUCUGCUCGCCUGUGCUAUUCAAUUCGGACUCACCAGCAGCUACUACACUCUAAUGGUCUGGUUUCCGGAAUUGUUCACCAGAUUCGAGCAAUUUGAGCACACAAAUCCCGGCGAGACCACGUCGGUGUGCAUAGUAUCCGCUCUGUCGGACAACACCACCUCCUUCGAUCUGUACGGAUGCGACACGAUAAUCGCGCCUUCCGUUUACCUGCACACCGUAUACAUAGGCCUCGCCUGCAUCCCCGGCUCCAUCAUCCUGCCCGUCUUCGUGCACAAACUUGGAGCGAAAUUCUUCCUGAUCGUGUCGUUGGUGGUUUCCGGCGCGGUGACCGUGGGCUUCUAUUAUGUGGUGGACUCGACGCAGAAUCUGGUGCUCUCGUGCAUAUUCGAGGCCCUUACGUCCCUCGGGAUCUCUCUAGUUUACUGCGUGAUUGUCGACAUGUUCCCGACGAAUCUCAGAGUGAUGGCCGCGGCUUUGUCGCUAACAAUGGGUCGACUGGGUGCUUUAGUCGGCAACCUGGUGUUUGGUUAUCUCAUCGAUUUAGCCUGCGUAGUUCCCAUCAUAUUGUUCGCCGCGUUUCUGUUCGCGUGCGGUGUCUUCUCAUUCAUGCUACCAAAAACCGGAAAGGAAACAUUGGAUUAGCGGAGGGAAAACCUUUCAGUCUCCUUCGCGCGUUUUGCUCGAACGAUCUGUGGAAUCUGUGCCUUGUGAACAAUUCUGGUCUUAUAUUUAUUAAUAAAAUUAUUUGUAACAA